GAAGGGCAAAGCGCCCUUGGCACGCCGGCCCUGCCGGCUCAGCAGGUUGGUGGGGCGAGCUGGAGACAACAUGGACCUGCGGGACCGGGCCGAGAGAUCGGAGAGGACGAGGUGGACGGUGAUGCUCAAGAGGAUCAUCGUGGAGUCGGAGCUGCCGGCUUCGGAGGGAUGGAACGCGGACCCCGACGGGACGGCCUGGCACCGGGUCGGAAAGGGGAGGAGAUCCACCACUUUGCGGAAGCACGUCAAGACCUGGCGGCAUGUGGCUACAUGGCUGUACAGCACCUACAAUGUGCCUUGGCCGCGGACCAUUGAGCAGUUCAUCGAGUACGUCACGCAUCGGGUGGCCGAGCCGUGCGGCAAGAGCAUCCCCACAAGUUUGAUGAAGACCCUCAUGUUCAUCGAGGUGGCUGGGGAGGUGCCGGAGAAGGAAAGGCUUUGCAAGCAUCCCGCACUGCAGAACACCUUGGAGGCGGUGCAGAUCCCGGUAGAGAUCGUCAUGGCUCUGGAACGAUACGUGAUGACGGAGGGGGUGCCCAGAUACCCCCGGGCCUAUGCCUGGUUUCGGCUGGUAAAGCUCAUUGCGCUUCUCGGACUUCGGGGUGUUCUGAAAAGGACCAAGACCACCAGGGCAGGGAAGAAGGUCGAGGUCCAGCACGUCUUCAUCUCGGUGGACGCAUGGCUGGAGGAGCCUGUGGAAGACCAUGGCACCGGUCUCAUCGGGGCCAUGGGCAAGUACUACCACGCGUUGCAGAUGAGUCAGGCCUUGAUGGCCGAGCUUGUGAUGAGCCAGAGGUCUUGGGCGUCUUCGCUGGGGGUCGACGACUACGUGGCCAGGCAGCUGGGCAGAUGGCAGCCUUCCACGGACGAGGAGAUUCGGAACAAUUUGGGGGGCCCCGACAAGCUGGACGAGGAGUCCAUCAUGGAGAAGGUCGUGGAGAAGCUGGCGGUGCAAGAGAUGGACCCCAACGAUGUGGAAGACCAGAAGCUGAGGCUGACUAGCUUCCAGGGAGGCAUCUUCGCGAGCAUCCUCGGGAAGGACUGCUGGCAGGCGUCGGAGAGGGACCCGCUGGAGGUGGUCGAGGUGGAAGACGGCGACGAGGGAAGCAAGAACGAUGAGACCGCCA